AUGGAUCGAAAUUCGAUCCACUAUGAAGAGGCUCGCGAAGGAGUACUGCUCACACAGCACCAUCCACGGAAUGAGCUACAUCGGUUCACGGAGAUCCCUGCUAGAACGUCUCUGGUGGAUUGCGGUGCUCGUACUCUCCGUAUACGACUCCACCGACUGUUGGCGGUUCUUCAGAUAUGUGACCAAUUUUUCCAAGCCAAACCUAAUUACCUGAAGAUGUACGCUCGAAACUAUUCCCACGCGGAAAUGGUUGAUAUCCUCCGAAACAUAUCCAUCGAAGCUGAGCAAACUAUCUUGACAUGUCGCGUAAAUGGCGUGAGGUGUAAACAACUGUUCACCGAAACAGUGACCGACGAAGGUAUCUGUUUCACAUUCAAUGGCUAUUCCUCGUAUGAUAUGUUCCGAGACGGCGUUCUGCAUGACGAGUACAGAUACUUGAACGGGCGGAAAAAUAUCACCAACUGGAGUCAGGAUGCUGGUUUUGUCACCGGAAAAUCCUAUGAAUCGUAUCCGAUUCGUGCACUCGGCUCGGGAUUUGAGGCCGGUUUAUCCAUGAGGCUAAUGAUGGCUGAUACGGAUGUCGAAGAACACUGCCGCGAGCAGCAGGGGUUCAAAAUCAUCCUCCAUUCACCAAGAGAGUAUCCACAAGCCAGGAAGAGGUUCAUUUUGGUGUCCUAUUCUCAAGACGUGACACUUGCUGUGCGACCGAUCAUCUACAAAACUUCCUCAGAGCUUAGCAGCUACCCGCCGAAACGACGCAACUGCUUCUUCAACCACGAACGACCGCUGAAGUUCUUCCGAAUCUACAGUCAAAGCAACUGCGAACUCGAGUGCGUGACCAACUUCACACUUAAGUCGUGCGGAUGCGUUAAGUUUUCGAUGCCACGAUCCAAGGGAACGCGAGUCUGUCAGACUUCGGAAAUUGCUUGUGUGAUAUUAGCUGAGAACAAGAUGUUAAAGCGAGCGGCCACGAAUCGGUUGAAGAAGCUGCAAUCCUUGUAUACGGCCUGCGAUUGUAUUCCGGGGUGCAAUUCGAUUCAGUAUGAUGCGGAAAUUACGCAAACCAAGUGCGACUUUAAGAAGACCUUGGAGCUCCGACUUGGACCGGAGGAUCCUGCUAUUGGGGAAGCACUUGCGGCGCGACAAAUAUCCAAGCUAGCAAUUUACUUUAAAGAUACGCAAUUUAUCACAUUGAAACGAAGCGAGUUGUUUGGAACAACGGAUUUCAUUGCAGACUGCGGUGGAAUACUUGGCUUGUGCCUGGGAGUAAGUUUGUUCAGUUUGGUUGAACUGUUGUACUACUGUAUGGUGCGUCCAGUGUUCAUGGUACGGGACUCACUUCGAAAUAAGAGAACUGUGACUGUUGUGAAGGAAAAAGAUAAAGGUCGGUAUUGA